AUCUUUCUGUUCUCUUUUUUAGAGAGUGUACAGGUGACGCAUCAGAAUCUGCAAUCUUAAAGUGCAUGGAAUUAGCUGUAGGUGACGUAGCAGGUUAUAGGAGACGGAAUCCCAAAGUUUGUGAAAUUCCUUUCAACUCCACUAAUAAGUAUCAUGUAACAGUUCAUGAAACAAGUGACCAAAAGGAUCCCAGUUAUCUCUUAUGCAUGAAAGGAGCUCCAGAAAGGAUUCUGGAACGUUGUUCAACUAUAUUCAUCAAUGGAAAGGAUAAAAUCUUGGACGAAGAAAUGAAGGAUGCUUUCAAUAAUGCGUACCUCGAAUUAGGAGGACUUGGUGAAAGAGUUAUUGGAUUUUGUGAUCUUCCUUUACCUUCUGAAAGCUACCCUCAUGGUUAUCCAUUCGACGCAGAUGAGCAGAACUUUCCUCUGAACAACUUAAGGUUUGUUGGUCUUAUUGCCAUGAUUGAUCCCCCUAGAGCAGCUGUACCUGAUGCUGUCGCCAAGUGCAGAAGUGCUGGAAUCAAAGUAAUUAUGGUGACUGGUGAUCAUCCAAUCACUGCUGCAGCUAUAGCCAAAUCAGUAGGUAUCAUAUCUGAGGGAAAUGAAACUGUGGAAGAUAUUGCUAUGAGACUUGAUAUACCUAUUGAAGAAGUUGAUCCAAGGGAUGCAAAAGCUGCAGUAGUUCAUGGAGGACAACUCAGAGAAAUGACAUCAGAGGAACUUGAUGAACUCUUAAGAGAACAUACAGAAAUUGUAUUUGCCCGCACUUCUCCCCAACAAAAGCUAAUUAUUGUAGAAGGCUGCCAGAGACAAGGAGCUAUUGUAGCAGUUACUGGUGAUGGUGUCAAUGAUUCUCCUGCACUAAAAAAAGCUGAUAUUGGUGUUGCCAUGGGUAUUGCUGGAAGUGAUGUCAGUAAACAAGCAGCUGAUAUGAUUCUACUAGAUGACAAUUUUGCUUCUAUUGUUACUGGUGUGGAAGAAGGACGUUUAAUUUUUGACAACUUAAAGAAGUCUAUUGCAUACACUUUAACCAGUAAUAUUCCUGAGAUUACUCCUUUCCUUGUCUUCAUCUUGGCUGAUGUUCCACUGCCUCUAGGUACCGUAACAAUCCUCUGCAUUGAUUUGGGCACCGAUAUGGUUCCUGCCAUCUCAUUGGCUUAUGAACAUGCUGAAAGCGAUAUAAUGAAAAGGCAACCAAGAAAUCCUAAGAAGGAUAAGCUUGUCAAUGAAAGAUUGAUAUCUAUGGCUUAUGGACAGAUAGGCUUUAUGCAGGCUGCUGCUGGAUUCUUUGUCUAUUUUGUGAUCAUGGCAGAAAAUGGUUUUAUGCCUAGUCAUUUACUUGGACUUCGGAGCAGAUGGGAUUCCAAAUCUGUUAAUGACCUUCAGGAUAGUUUUGGCCAAGAAUGGACUUAUUUCCAUAGAAAAACUCUGGAAUAUACUUGUCAUACUGCCUUCUUCGUAUCAAUUGUUGUCGUACAAUGGGCAGAUCUUAUUAUUUGUAAAACUAGGAGGAACUCCAUUAUACAUCAGGGCAUGAGAAAUCAUAUAUUGAAUUUUGGUCUUGUAUUUGAGACUGCUCUUGCUGCCUUUCUUUCCUAUUGCCCAGGAAUGGAUAAAGGUCUACGAAUGUUCCCUCUAAAGUUCAAUUGGUGGUUGCCUGCUAUCCCCUUCUCCUUGCUUAUUUUUGUUUAUGAUGAAAUUCGUCGUUUGAUCAUUCGACGCAAUCCAGGAGGAUGGGUGGAGAUGGAGACUUAUUAUUGAGAAAAUAAUCUCAGUAGUAUCACAGUCUGUAAUAUUGUUCUUCAUCGGGUUUCACUGCUUUAGAACAUUCUCAUCAUCAAUGAUCAUAAGACUUUUAUUUCCUUUUUUUUUUCUCCUUGUAUUGAAUUGUUUAAAUGUAUAGUAAGACUAGAAAAAAAAAAAAAAAAACUAUAUGUAUGUACUAAAAUAUUGUUAAGGUAGAUUUCAUUAAAUAAAGUUUUAUACGAGGGUUUCUUUUCAUAGAACAGCAUAAAAAUUAGAACACAGGAGGUUCCACACUUCUAAGUAUUGCAGAACCUCAGCAUUUAUAUCUGUUAUCAAGACUAAAUGUGAAGGGUUUUGCUUUGUGGUAUAGCUGUCACUUUGAACUCCAGUGUAUUUUAUUUUUUUUUCUCUUAGUAAUUAUAAUCUGCUGACACUCUAGCGUCUCUGUUUACAAAAAAAGUAAUAUAGAAACAGCUUAAUAUUCAUGUAUUGAAUUUUUUAGUCGUUUUGUUUUUCAUUAAUUAAAAGUACACAUUAAUAAAGUGAUACAUGUGUGAGUAUAAAACGGAAUAUCACAAAGCAUAAAUCAAUUUUAUAGAGCUUGUGUUGUAUAUUUUUAAUAUUAUUUAGUUUUUAUUUUGGUUUUUCAAAGUGCAUCUUGGUGAUAAAAGUCUGCUCUCUGCUCGAGAAAACUGUCUCUAUUCAGGUAGCUGCCAAUAUGUACACAUAUAUUUUUAUAAGCUAUACCGCCUUUCCUAAUACCUAUUUUAAUCAGCUGAUAAGAAAAUUUUAAUUACUUUGGUCAUAAAAUGUACAUCAAAGUAUAUAUUUUAAUCACAAUUCUUAAUUUUUACAUAAAAUAUUUUAAGCCUAUGUUUCCAUAUAGCUAAAAUACUCGAGUUGUAUUAUAUAAAUAUAUUAUAUGGUUUUUAUUUUGGCCUACGUUAAAUGAAGUAUUUUUCAAACAUAUGAUUUAAAAUAAAUUUACUUAAUUUUCAAGUUAAUUCUUUAGCUGCCUUUUAAUAUGUGCUCAUACAAUAGUCAUAUUUGUAAAUAUUACUUAAAUAUUAGUUUGAGACUAUUUCUGAUACUGUGAAAUGGUAGAAAAUGUAUUUGUAUCCAUGUGCUAUUUUCUUGUCCUAUUAUCAUAAGUGCUGUGUAAAGAUGUCUGACAAAUUGCUAAAUUAAUGCAUUUAUGUCAUUUGUUAAAUAGCAAAUUCAUUGCAGAAAUUUUAAGUAUGAUUAGAGAAGCAACACAAUUUUUAAAAUUUUUUUUUUCCUUUCUUUCCCUUUUUUUUUUUUAAUUGUCAGAUAAAUAUUUUAUACAUGAUUAUUCAAUGAGUGAGGAAUAUUUGGAUAUGAGAAUUGUGAGGGGGCAAGAAACAUAUAUUGAAUUUUAGUUUGGUAACAGCAAACCAAAAUUCAAAAUAUUUUGAUACUCAUUUUAACUUUUAAUAAAAUUAAACACGCAUGUGAUUAUUUGGGUUGUAAUGUGUCUGUUAUAAUAAAAUUGUUCUUGUAAUUGUUUCUAUGCAGUAUAUGAACAAUGCUCUAAAAACUGUUUUUGAAUUUCAAUUUAUUUUUGUAAAUGUUUCAAUGAAUCUGAAAAGCAGCUUGCAAGAAAUAUUUAGUUUCAGCCACUUAUUUUAAAUAUUUUUGCACUUUUUAUAACAAAAUAUUAAUGUAUAAAGUACGAGGUUAUAAGUAUAGCUGAUUUUAGAUAAACACUAUCUAUGCCUUGGAGAAAAUAAUAAUAUUGUAAGAUUUAUUAUAUUGUCUAAUAAAACUUUGAGUAUACUAAUAUUAAAUCAUAUUUGUAAAUUACUAUUAAACAGUUUUUGCAUAUAAAUGAUCCUGUCAUGAAAGCAAAUUAAAUUAUAAAACAUA